UUUCCUUCUUUUUUUCUUCCUGAUAUCAAAAUAUUUAUGAAAUUCUUAAUGUGUAGUAUUGUUAGUUAAAUCUCAAACUCUAAGUAAGCAAUUUUGGGAGUUAUGCCAAGAAGAAUAUAAUUAAAUUAUUGAGAUAUAAAUAGGAGAACAAUUUAAUAACACAUAUUAUAUAUUGCUUGAUUCUGGCAACAGCUUUAAAUAAAAUAAUACUUAUUUGUUUUUAGUUAGAUAAUGUAAACAUUUUAUUAUACUACCAAAAUUAAGGACCCACUCUAUAAUAUAGUACCUACUUAGGGACUAAAUGGAAUUUAUUUGUUUAUUAUAAAAUUUUUCACUGUCUAGACAUUUUUUUGUGAAGAAAACAUAAAAAAAACCAUUUUGAACGUGAAAUGGAACGUGUUGUAACGGUCGUCGCCCGUCGAUCAGCAGGGGUCAGGCAGGGGGUGCGUCUGCGUCUGUGAAGUAAUAAUAAUUUACGCGCGCGCGCAUUCAUCGUUUCACCCUGUUGUGUAACUUUAUCCCCUAUUUUACGAUACGAUCACCUAUUACCUGCGCGCCGCGCGUUCGUUAUUUCAUUUUGAGAUUGGAGAGCGCACGUUGACGGUUACAUAUUUUAUUUAGAAUUUUAGACAAGUUCGUUAUUUAUGAAUUUUAAAAAUUAAUUUAAUUUAUUGUUAAAAAUGUUCUCAAAAGCAAAGCGGUUUGAACCACUCGCACCUGAGUCCUCUAAAAAAUGUCAGAAUAAACUGACCAAACCAGAAAAUGAGAAACAAAAAGUUAAUACAAAAGCUGCCACUACAGUGGUCAAACCGAAACCAUUUGUUAUACCAACAUCUUCCAAGAUCCAUUCUGAUGUGCAAUCUCAAUGCAGCUCCAUACACAGUGUCCGGUCAUUUGCUACUCCAAAGCCAUUAAAAACAACAAUCAAAGCUCCUACCAGCUUGAAGAAGAAGAAUGACCAACCAAAUUCUAAGAUCAAGAAUGAAACUGCAAAGGAACUGAUUAAAUCUCAGGAAGUAGAAAUAAGGAAUAAGGAUCACACCAUUGCUGAAUACACAAAACAAAUUGAAGAAUUUAAACAAACUAUUGCUCAACUGGAAAAAGAAGUAAAAGAAGUUAGACAAAAUAACUUUAACAACUUGGACAGACAAUUUUCACAGAUCACAAUAGAAGAUUUGGAACUGCAACAAGAUCAAAUAGAAACAGUAGUACAAAAUGGAGAUAACUAUUUAAUUAAUCAAAUGAAUAGCAAAAUAUAUGAUUUGGAAAAACAAUGUGAAAAAUUAGAACAAGAAGUCACUGAUAAGCAAUUAGAGCUGAGAUCAGUUGAAGAAAUUAUCACUAUUAGAGAUAGUUUAUGUCAAGACCUGCAACUAAAAUUAACAAAGGCUGAAACAGAUUUAGAAGAAACUAUUCAAAGACUUGAAAUGGUAAAAGGACACCAUGCUCUUGCUUUAGAAGCAAAUGAGAGCAUCCGACGUGAAUACAAAGCAGAGCUGGAAACUUUAAAAUCUAAAUUGGAAGAGGAAAAACAAGCAAUCGUAAACAAGUCUAAGUCAGACCAAGAAAAUCUAAAAUCAAAUUAUAAAUCGCUAAUAGAAUCAAUUAAAUAUCAAAUAUUAAAAGAAAAGGAUGAAGCAGUACAGGAACUCCAUCACGAUUUAAUCAGUAAGGACAAUGAAAUGAAAGCUAAAAUAGAACAAAUCAAUGAAGCAACUCGGGAAAAGUUACGACUUUGCGAGAUACAGUUUGAAGAACGGACUAGAAGCAUUCAGGAUGAUUGCACACAACAACAGAGUAAAAUUGAAUACCUAGAAAAUGAAGCAAGGGACUUAAAAUACAAAUUAACUAUAUUAGGCGAAGAAAAAAUGAGCCUCCAAAAAGAAAUUAAUAAUCUGAAAAACGAAAAUGACUCCUUAAACAAAGAAAAACAGGUUCUCAUUGAAGAAAGAGAUGAGUUAAAAGAGGAUGCUAAGAAGAAGCUCAUAGAUUUUGAGAAUGAAAAAAAUAAACUAACAGUUGAGGUGGACAAGGCAAUAAAGGAUAAGAACAAAUUUGAAACAUCUUUGUCUGUAACUAGAGAUAUUGUUGAAGUUUUGACUAUGAGAUUAAGGGAAUCUGAUAACGAAUUGGAACACUUGGAAGAUAAAGUACAAACACUAAUUAAUACCAAGGAAAUUUUGGAAAAUGAACUCGAAAAUUAUAAGACCACUCUAAACAACACUGCAAUGGAAUGCAAUGAGUACAAGGAGGCUUUAGUAAAUAUAUUAAAAUCCAAAGCAGCUUUAGCCAAGGAGCACAAUCGCAUUAUGGAACACAAUGUUUCAUUGAUAGAAAGCUUACAAAACGUAGAAAAAGAAGCCUAUCGUGAACUAGGCACUAUCAAGAAUGAGCUAAUAGAAGAUGUAGAGCUGUUGAAAAAAGAAUCAAAUUCGCAAAUUCAAUUACUUCGCGAGGAGGUGGAGAAGAAACGCAAGCUAUGUGAGUUGGCUACUGAACAUGCAGGGCAGGCUACAGCUGCAGCUGAACAGUCACGAGCACUGCUUGCGCAGGCCGCAGCCGAAAUCAACCGACUUGAGACUGAAAACCAAUGCUUACAACAACAGAUUCAGGACCAGCAGUCUCUAGUGGUUGAGUUAUCGCUGCUACGUCAAGAAAAUGAGGAAUUAACAAUGACAGUAGCAAAACAGUCUUCAAUUAUUGACAAAAUGAAGAAGGACUCUGAACAGUUACUGUAUAAACCUAAAUCACCUUCACUAUUACGAAAGUCGUCUAAAAUUGGAAAAGAAAACUUGCAGACCAUUAUAUCUCCGCUACGUGAACGUAAUCAUUGAUACAAAUUAGAACCAGUCUCGUUAUAUUUUUGUGACCUUAUUGUUUGACGAAUGUUUUUUGAAUUGUGUUAUUGAAAUUUUUAUACCUAGAUAAAAAAGGAAAUUGUUUAUUAUCAAAACAAUGUUGAACAUUACACCAGAACGGUAAUUUAUUCAUAAUUAUUCUAAUUAGGUUGUUCUAUUUAUUACUAUUAAAAAAUUUUGACUUGAUUUGUUUAUUAUUUUAAUGUCGACCAUGGGCUAGGCAACGAGUUAUACCUACUUAUCAUUUGUUAUAUUUUUUUUAAACUACCUAUUUAAUAAUUUGAUUCCAUAUUACAUUCACAUAAAGUUGUCUAGCAGUGUCUCGUUGGCGUUGCACCUCGUGUUAUCUAAAAUAGAUAUAUCUACUAUUUAUUGUAGUGUUUCGUAAAUAAACCUAUCCAAAGAU